CUCUGAAUCAUGGCGCUCGCCGGACCCCUCAAAGUGUGCAUAGUCGGCUCGGGGAACUGGGGUUCUGCGGUUGCCAAAAUUAUAGGUCACAAUGUUAAAAAUAUGAAGAAAUUCGCAUCCACGGUCAAUAUGUGGGUUUUUGAAGAAAACAUCAAUGGACGGAAACUAACAGAGAUCAUUAAUACAGAACAUGAGAAUGUGAAAUAUCUCCCCGGGCACAAGCUACCAGAGAAUGUGGUUGCUCUUCCAAACCUCACCGAUGCAGUCAGAGAUGCUGACCUUCUCAUUUUUGUCAUUCCACACCAAUUUAUACAUAAAGUUUGCCAAGAGAUUUCUGGGAAGGUCCACAAGAACGCACUUGGGAUAACACUCAUAAAGGGCAUUGAUGAAGGACCAGAAGGCCUGCGUCUUAUUUCCGAUAUUAUCCGUGAAAAAAUGAAUAUUGACGUGAGUGUGCUGAUGGGGGCAAACAUUGCAAAUGAAGUGGCAGCAGAGAAAUUCUGUGAGACAACAAUAGGCAGCAAAAACAAGAAUCACGGCCUGCUAUUUAAAGAGCUCCUGCAGACUCCAAAUUUCAGAAUAACUGUGGUAGAGGAUGCUGAUACAGUGGAACUUUGUGGAGCUUUAAAGAAUAUCGUGGCAGUGGCUGCUGGAUUUUGCGAUGGCCUCAGCUGUGGAGACAACACCAAAGCUGCUGUUAUCCGUCUUGGGCUGAUGGAGAUGAUCGCGUUUGCCAAUGUUUUCUGCAAGGACUCUGUAUCUAUAGCCACAUUUUUAGAGAGCUGUGGAGUUGCAGAUCUUAUCACUACAUGUUACGGCGGGCGCAAUCGAAAGGUGGCUGAGGCGUUUGUGAAAACAGGAAAGAGCAUCGAAGAGUUGGAAAAAGAAAUGUUGAAUGGGCAGAAGUUACAAGGGCCUCAAACAUCUGCAGAAGUUUACCGUAUCCUGCAGCAGAAGAACAUGGUAAACAACUUCCCGCUCUUCACUGCUGUCUUUCAGAUCUGCUAUGAAGGCAAACCUGUGGAAGAUGUAAUUUCAUGUCUGCAGAGCCACCCGGAGCACAUGUAGCUCUGAACUCUGGUUCAUGGAUCAUGUUUCUUUUGCUUCUAGAUAUUUGAAAACUCUGGAAUGCAAUAUUCACCCAACGCACAAGCCACGGAUGUGGCUAAGUAUUAAAUAACAAAUACACACUCCACUACUGAUCAAUAAUACAUUUCUUGUCAAAAGACAUCAAAAACCAUGCUGCCUAAAGAAAAUAAUCAGAUUUUUAUCUUUUUUUUUUUUUUUAACAGAUCAUGCCGCAUUUUGUCUUUCUUAAGAUUAAAAUGAGCAUAAACACAGUACUGUAGCAAGCUGUAAUCAAAUAAUAAUCAGCUGUACGCUGUUAAUAAAACUGCAAAGUAUUGAUAUCAAAUGUUUUUAACAGCAGUUCCUGGUUAACAUAUCAGCCUCCUAUUUGGCAUUACUGUUUUUUCAUUUGAUUUUUUUUUUUCUGUGCACAUUAAAACAAUUUAUUUUUUUUUUAUUUUGGGAGCUUUACUACAGCAUUACAGUAAUCAUUGGUUUGUGUGCUGUUUACAAUUUUAUGUUGCGCAUGUUUUAACUAGACAUUUUAGAUUUGCUGCAUUUUAUAUUACACACACACACACAUAUAUAAGUGUGUGUGUAUGUAUAUAUAUAUAUAUAUAUAUAUAUAUAUAUAUAUAUAUAUAUAUAUAUAUAUAUAUAUAUAUAUAUAUAUAUAUACACUGUUACAGAACUCUGUGGGUAUUGUCUGUCGUUUCUCAAUGCAUUUGGCAGCAUAUACUGCAAACCUUUAUAAGCUGCUGUUGCUCAGGGGCCAUUAAAACAUGAAUAAUAUUUUUUUUUUGGUAUUGCGAUGCUUAUUUUUCUUACCAUCUUUCUGUCUGAUGUUUAUUUUAAAGCAGCUUCUGCUGUGAUGUGCUGCUCGUUUUAAUGGAUGGCUUAUAUAUGACAAACACCGUGCAUUAAUUGUGAUACCCUACAGUAGGAUAAAAAGUGUUUAUUUUAGCUGGGAAAAAAGUGUUAAAACGUGAACUAGCUUAGUUUUACAAAUAAUAUUUGAAAUUACAGGUAGAUGAUCUGUUCUCUGGAAACCCAUUAUUCAGAAAGCUCCAAAUCACAGAAAGGUCAUCUCCCAUAGACUCCAUUAUAUUGAAAUAAUGCAAAAUGUAUUUCUCUGUAACAAUAAAACUGUACCUUGUACUUUAUCCAAACUAAGAUAUUAAUUAAUUCAUUCCCAGAAGCAAAA